GAACGUGUUGGUGCUGGUGCUCCCGUAUAUUUAGCUGCUGUUAUGGAAUAUUUGGCUGCUGAAGUUCUUGAAUUGGCUGGUAAUGCUGCCCGUGAUAACAAAAAGACUAGAAUAAUUCCACGUCAUUUACAAUUGGCCAUCCGUAAUGACGAAGAAUUGAAUAAAUUAUUAUCUGGAGUGACUAUUGCUCAAGGUGGUGUUUUGCCAAACAUUCAAGCUGUACUUUUACCAAAGAAGACUGAGAAAAAAGCAUAAAUUUGUAUCUCGACGAGUCUUAUUAUUAACAUACUAUCUAAACACAAGAAUAAAACCGUCCUUUUCAGGAC